AACACUAACCGCGCGCGUCUAGUUCCGCGCAUGUCUGUGCCUCGGAGUCUCCCUCGCGGGGCAGGGAGCCGCGUCCAGCCCAGAGCCAAGGGCCGGGGCAGCCAAGCAGUGAGGGGGGGCGCGUGGCAGUGGGGUUCUGGCAAGAUGGAUGCAAAGAAUUUGAAUUCUGGUCCCAUCUCUGUACUUAUUACUGAGUCACAGUUUGCCCAGAGGUUCAGGGAGUAUUUGGAGAGAGAGAGGGUUCUGGAUGUCUGCCAUCGUGUGCAAAAGCUGCUGGAUGGCACAGUGGCAUUGCCUGUGCUGGGAGAGAAACUCACUGAGCAGCACCUGCAGGAGCUGCGGGAGAGCCUGCCCCCUGAGACGACAUGCACUCUGACGUGGGUUCAGAACCCCAUUCCCUCAAAGGCAGCACGAGUCCAGUCGCCCGCCCGGAAGCUGUGCAGGGAGCUGCAGCAUUUAGUGUCAGCCUCUGGGGGCACGUGGUCAGAUAAGCUGGAGGACGAUCUCCCUCGUUCCUGGCAGCGGCAUGGAGACCUCAUCCUGCUGAGCGAGGACAGCUUCAGGGCUGCGAUGUGGAAGGAACUGGGACCAGAGCUCUGGGAAACAGUUGCUUCUGCUCUGGGCGCCCGACGCGUAGCGAAACAAGGGCGAAUAUCACCGGAUGGAGUACGAUCCCCGACAGUGACCCUGUUGCUGGGGCAGGAUGGCUGGGUGGAGCAUGUGGACAAUGGAAUCAGAUACACGUUCGAUGUGACCAGGUGCAUGUUCUCUCCUGGAAACAUCACAGAGAAGCUGCGGGUGGCCUCGCUGCCAUGUGCCGGGGAAGUGCUAGUGGAUCUCUAUGCAGGGAUUGGCUAUUUCACGGUGCCGUACCUGGUUCACGCCGGUGCUGCCUUUGUCCAUGCCUGUGAGUGGAACCCCCAUGCUGUGGAGGCCCUGAGAAAGAACCUGGAGCUGAAUGGCGUGCAGGAUCGGUGUCAGAUCCACCAAGGGGAUAACAGGCAGCUGGAGUUGCGGGACGUGGCCAACAGGGUGAAUCUGGGGCUGCUCCCCAACUCGGAGGAGGGCUGGCCUAUUGCCUGCCAGCUUUUGCGGAAGGGCACAGGGGGCAUUCUGCACAUCCACCAGAACGUGGAGUCCUUCCCAGCAAAGGCUCAUUUGCAUAGUGGCCACUUGGAGGAGCUGCAGCUACAGCAAUGUCCAGAGCAAGCCGUAUCCAACAGGCAGGAGGACAAAAUGGGCCAAAGGAACUGCAGGAGCCCAAAGGAUGCUGACAUCAUAGAUCCUGGGAGGGAGACCCAGGCAGUUGCGACCAGGGCCGAGUGGCAGAGGUGGGCAGAGACCACGGGAAUGCGGAUCAGGGUUCUGCUUCAGCAGCUACAUGGGAAGCCUUGGAGAACAAACAUUCUGCACAUUGAGCCAGUGAAAUCCUACGCCCCCCAUGUGUAUCACAUAGUUCUGGAUCUGGAGUGCCGCCCCCUCUCUUAGUACACAGGGAGAGUGGACUGCACCCUUGGGUUCCCCAGGAAUGUCACCUUCUCCGCUAGCAAAUGCGCAGGUGGAGCUCGGGGCCCAAGCUUGAGAAGUGCACAAAGCCUACACAGAGAUGAGUGCUCCCAGCUGGCACCCUGUGAACUGGUUCAGUCUGACACUGGUCUUUGCCUUCAGCCCUCCUGGGACCCCUCUUCUCUCCAGACUGGCGUGUAACAGCUUGACCUGACCAUCAUGGUGCUCCCUGCAGCUGGUGCAUUCCCUGCUCUCUGUGAGCUUCAUUCUAUUUCCAUUUCCUGCAACCAGGUAAAACAUUUGUUGUAAGUUUUAUCUGCCUGGGUUGUGUCUUGCUGUUUUUCCCAGCGGCAUGGCAGAGUUCUCCAGCACUCAGCUCCAAACUCUGUUCUCACCACUAAUGCCAGCAAGAGACCUGGGCAUGUGAACUUAGCAGAAUGUCUGAUUUCAGAUUCACCAGUUGAGCCAGAGAGCAUCUUAGUCCUGCACAGAGGCUGCCACUGGUGCCAGGCUGUGAGCAAAUUGUAUCUCUGUGACCACUAGGACCUAGGCUGAGACUCACCAGACUUACUGCCCUUGUGAUCUAAUCAGAAAAUGCUGAGCGCUUUGCUCCUGGUAUUCAUUUGUUGUGGGCAUGUGAAGAGCUCCAGGAUGUAGUGUAGUCCCUGUGAGCUGACCUUGCUCCCUCCACUGCUGUCCUGGUCUAUUCCUAUUUACCGCACUACAAUCCUGAUCUUGCAGUGAGCCCGCGUACAGGCAGAUCCCCACUCAUGUAAGUGGGGCUCAGUGUGGAGCCAGUUGCGGGAUUGGGACCUAUAUACUUUAUCGCACAACAGAUAUGAACUUUCCUGUUUCUUAGCAUCUAAGGGGGCUUGUUCAUCCUCUUGUUCCAAGCCUGGAUCUGAAGUUGCUAUGAUGUUUGCCCACAAGUUUCAGGAAGCACGGGCAAGCAGUUCCUCUGCUGCUACUUGGGAUUUUUGGCCUGUCUCUGUUUAAAAUAGUGAGAAAUGAAUGAAUAUAGUGCUACUGAAAGGUGCCAAACUGAGAUCCCUGGAGACCAAAGCCUCUCCCCAUAGAACAGAUGCAGAGUCAGUGCAAGAUUUCCCCACCCAGCAAUUCUGCCUCACUCCUGCCCUGGAUGGAACAUAGGAACUGCCAAACUGGGUCAUGCCAGUGGUGUAUCUAGCCUCCCAUCUCCAGCAAUGGCCAGUGCAAGCUGCUUCGGAGGAGGGUGCAAGAAACCCUGUAGAAAGCAGUUAUGAAAUAUCCUGCCCACAAUAAUAAUUUCUUCCUAAUCCCUGUUUGUUAGAGGCUAGUUUGUGCCCUGAAGCAGGAGGGUUUAAAUCUCUUCCAAACCUCUGCAUUAUUUGUAACCCUCACCAUUCUAACUGACCUGAGCAAGGAUUGGCAUCACAAGUGAGAUCUUGUGGCAGGUGAAUUGUGUACUGUGUGGAAAAGGUAUUUCCUUUUAUCAGUUUUUAAUUCACCACCUUUUGCUUUCGUUUUGUGUCCCCUUUUUCUUCUACAGCGAGAGAGGGUGAAGAAAAGCUCCUGACCUGCCUUCUCAAUACCGUUCAUUGCCACCUCCUCUCUAGUGAUUAAUGCUAAGAGGGUAGCUGCCCAUUUAAUCUUUGGCCUUGAUUUAGAAACUGCCAAAUAAGAAGCCAUUUGGGACGUUGGGCUUUUCAAAGGGGCCACCUGUUCACUAGGAACUGAACUGGAACCACCACAUUGUUUUCACGUAACCUACUGCUCAGCAGCCAUGCAAUGGCAAUGACUUCUGGUUGCUACUGACCUAGGCUGCAGUCAGGCCUGUGACAAGAGGUGAAAGGCUCUGGAUUAGGGCUGUUGAUUAAUCGCAGUUAACUCACGCGAUUAACUCAAAAAAAUUAAUCGCAAUUAAUCGCAGGUUUAAUCGCACUGUUAAACAAUAGAAUACCAAUUGAAAUUUAUUAAAUAUUUUGGAUGUUUUUCUAUAUUUUCAUAUAUAUUGUAUUCUGUGUUGUAAUUGAAAUAAAAAAAGUGUGUAUUUUUAAUUACAACUACUUGCACUGUAAAAAUUAUAAAAGAAAUAGUAUUUUUCAAUUCACCUCAUAGAAGUACUGUAGUGCAAUCUCUUUGUAGUGAAAGUGCAAUUUACAAAUGUAGAUUUUUUUUUUGUU